AGAUUGGUCCUGCUGUACGAGAGUUCUGGUUUAUCUGAGAGGGAUCUGUUCCUGAGCAACGUUACGGGAAACAUCUGGUUUUAUCUACUGUCUGUGUUUGUUCUACUCGCAUUCUGUUUUCGUCUGUCAACACAUAUCCACCACCGUCUCAGACCUAAGCACCGUGAUUGGUCGUGGUUAGAGGUCACACAGUGGACACUGGGAGCCAUAUGCCAGCAAGGAUCGGCCAAGCACCCUCAAGGGUGUUCAUGUCGCACCAUGUUCCUGAUCGGGUACUGUAUAACGUACAUGAUCUACACCGGGUUUGCUGCUGGUAUCACAUCACUCUUGGCUGCUAGGUCAGACACGCACAAUCUGCAGUGGCACAGCGCUUUGCAGCUGGACCUGCCUCUGCAUGCUCUCUGUAACAGCGAUGCUCACAGAUAUUUAAAGCGCAACAUGGGAAAUCGUCACAUGAACGUUCAUGAGUGCAUACAUUCAGAGAAAAAGAUGAUAGAGAAAUUGGAGAAAUCAGGAAACGCUGCAGUGAUGUUUGAACAAAAUGUUGAAAGAUUCAUGACAGACUUUAUGGAUACUGGUGUUCCAUGUAAACUCUCUAUUUCCAAGGAAAGUCACCGUAGUCACAUCAGUGGGUUUUUGCUUAAGAAGAAUUCUGCACUAAAACCUUUGUUAAAUUAUUGGUAA